GGACAACAGGAAGUGGGUGUCAGAUAGAUGCUAAAGCGGGCGGCUGCUCAGCUGCUGGACUAGGGAAACACACCACACCAGUGCCGACAAAUCAACUCCCCUGUCUAACGCAGGGACGUUUACCACACUAACGUCGGCUGUAUUUGGUUUUUUUAGAAGUUAUUAAGAUUCCAGGUCGACGCGGCUUGAAUGCUAGUAAUGCUAGCCGGGGCUAGCACGGAAAAGACGCUAAAGUUAAGCUAAGCUAACAGUGGACUGGAUUCACCUGGGAGGACUGCGCGAGGAGAGAGAGAGGAAAACACCGACAUGAGUCAAACUGCUACAAGUACCAGAGUCCAGCUCUGAGCGCUCGAGAGGCAUGAACUCCGUUUCCCCCAGCACAGUUCAGUACAUUGGGGGAGCGAUGCAGGAUGAGCUGGUGGAGAGCCGGAGGCAGCAGCAGCAGCCAAUGGAGCGGCAGGGCAAUUUCAGUCUCAGGCCGCCUCAGAGCCCAGAUCCCAGCAGAGAGGCAGCCGGAGAGCCUGAUGAGAUGGACAAACUGAAAGCCAAACUGAUGUCAGCGUGGAACAACGUCAAAUAUGGUUGGACUGUUAAGUCUAAAACCUCCUUCAACAAGAUGUCACCAGUCAUUGUCCUGGGACAAUCCUAUGUGCUUAACAGUGAGGACGAGGUUGAGCGGUUUCGUUUGGCCUUUGUGUCCCGGAUCUGGCUCACGUACAGGCGAGAGUUCCCUCAGCUGGAGGGCUCCACCUGGACCACAGACUGUGGCUGGGGCUGCAUGCUGCGCAGCGGCCAGAUGCUGCUGGCACAGGGACUCCUGGUCCAUCUGAUGCCAAGAGAUUGGGCUUGGCCAGAUGCGCAGCAGCUAACCGAUGUGGACUUGGAAGUUUUCAGACCACGUUCCCCAGCCCGGGCUGGUGGGGUCCCCAUCCCUUCUUUUGGGUCUCCACGAGGGUCCAACACCCCUGAAAAGUCCUUGCCAAGUGAGCAGGGCCCCAAAACCAGCCAGAAGAAGAGACCAGAGUGUGCAAGGGACAGACUAGCAGAGCCCAUCCACCGUAAGUUGGUCACCUGGUUCGGGGAUCAGCCCCGGGCGUCGUUCGGAGUUCACCAACUGGUGGAAAUUGGCAAAAGUUCAGGGAAGAAGGCCGGUGACUGGUACGGCCCCUCUAUAGUGGCACACAUACUACGGAAAGCAGUCUCCAAGACCUCUGCUCUCCACAACCUGGCUGUAUACGUGGCUCAGGACUGUACAGUGUACAAAGAGGAUGUGGCUCGUCUGUGUGAUCCGUCACGGAGCCAGGCGCCUCCUGAUCCGUCCAGCCAAGCCUGGAAGUCUGUCAUCAUACUGGUGCCUGUGCGACUGGGAGGGGAGGCCCUCAACCCAUCGUACAUCGAAUGUGUCAAGAACAUCCUAAAGCUGGAGUGUUGUAUUGGAAUUAUUGGAGGGAAACCGAAGCAUUCGCUCUACUUCAUUGGCUUCCAAGAUGAGCAGCUGCUGUAUCUGGACCCUCACUACUGCCAACCUGUGGUGGACGUGACACAAGUCAACUUCUCCCUGGAGUCCUUCCACUGUAGCUCUCCCAAAAAGAUGCCCUUCACCCGCAUGGAUCCGAGCUGUACCAUUGGCUUUUAUGCCAAGAACAAGAAGGACUUUGAGUCGCUGUGUUCUGCUGUUCAUGUGGCCCUGUCGUCAUCCGAGGAGAAGUACCCCAUCUUUACCUUCGUAGAGGGCCAGGGUCAGGACUAUGGACUUGAGGGUCAUAGCAGUGGACCUGCGGCCCACAUCCUGCCCCCGGGCAACCUAGGCAGGAGUAACAACAGAAGAAACAGCGAUGAGUUUGUCUUCCUCUAAAGCCUUUGAGGAGGAUGCUGUCCCAGCUCUCAUCUGUAGGGGGCAGAAAAGGAACAGAUUAUUCCCUUGGAUGUGUGUUGCCUUGGCAGCUGCAAGGUGGACAUGAUGCUUUUGUACUCAAUCGCCCUCACUGGUGAAAGAAAGGGGAAAAAAACUUUGUGGCUUCUGUCAUCGCCUUUGUAUAGAUGGAUAUUAUAAGCUAUUAGAGUUGGGUCCUGAAUGGAGCAUACAUUUACUGAGAAAAAUAAAUAUUUUGAGUACUUGAAGUAUUCUUGACUCACUAUCAGACCCCUACAAAUCAAAGCCUCAAAAUCGGACAUGUAUGAAUAAAAUCAAUGACUCUACUCAGUGACACUCAGUUGUCUCCUGGUCUGAACUGGAUGUCCUGGAGGCGAUGUGCGGACUACGUAACAUUUAACGAGCUCCUUGGUCAGGUGAAGGGCUGUCUGAUGUAUAUACCAACUGCUGUACAUCUUAUUAUUUCAUUUAUUUAUCAGAUUUCUGACUGUGUGUUUGCGUGCGAGUGAGUCUGCGGGUUAGUGUAGCUCAUUUGGUUUGUAUUUAAUAAGUGUACUGAUAUAUUUAAGAGAAGUUUUCCGAUUCUUCCGAUCACCAACAGCAGUGAAUCCAUUCUAGAUUUUCCACCUCCUCGAUCCCCGACACUUUCAAGUUCAUCAUUGAGAUUAUGAAACACUCCCAGAAAUCUGCUCAGUCACAAAAUCAACUCCCACACUUGGUGCUGAGGAGAAAUGAUCUCUUCAGUCAUCUGAAGUAUCGGGAUACUUUUGUGAAGUAAAACCCAGAACAGCUCUUUUAACCUACAAAGUAUAAGUUCUAGGUUUUACCUCACACCAUCUGUAAGACCUGCCCAGGCAGAGUGGAAAUUAUAGUCUGGAUCUUCAAGCUCCUCUUCCGAUGUCAUUUAUGUUUUGUUUGUCCCCUCCCUUUUUUUAUAUAUAUAUAAAGGUUACUACUGCAAGUUGCACUACUACUGUUGGUUUGUCAUCCUCAUUAAACUUCAAACACUGGA